CCUUGAGUUUGACACCCCUGCCUUAGAUGGUAAAAUAAUUUAGGCAAUUUUUAGUAUAAUUGCACUUCAUAAGUUCUCGAUCAACAUAUUGUACUGCACCGUAAAUUCUACACUGAACUCAAUAAGAUUAUAGGAUUUAAUAGCCAUUAUAUUCUCAAUGAGAUUAUAGGAUUUAAUAGCCAUUUGUGAAAUAAGUUGGUCAAAUAAAGACAACCUGUUAAGACAAUCUGUCAAAACUGGCUGGAAUAAUCAGGAUUUAAGAAUGAAGUUAGUCUGAGCAACUGUAUACAUACUGCCAUUCAUUUUAUGUGGGUCAUAUAAGCCUGGUGCGGGCUGGAACCAGUUUUUCUUCUUUCCCAGAUGAUAAAAGGGGAGGAAUCUCCGUGGCAGGAGCUACAUUUCUGCUAGUCAAGUCUGCAUUGAAAGGCUUGCUUUUCUUUCCACUUCCCCAGGUAUCUUCAGGUCCUGCUUAGAUUCAACUUAAUUUAUACUGAUCUGACCUAAGAAACUUAGUGUGGAGCCUUGACAAAUUAAUUAUAUAUUUUUUAAUAACUGUACUCUUACUGAACAAUGUCUUCAAUCUUAAAAGCAUUUGGGCGAGAAGACAAAGACAAGAAGGAUGAAAAGGACAAAGGAAAAGAACAUAAAGACCAUAAGGAUGGAGACAAAAAGGACAAGAAAAAGAAAAAAGAGAAAAAGGAGAAAAAGCCUGGGCAAGAGGAUGACAGUUCCAGCAGCAGCAGCAGCUCUGACAGUGAUUCUGGCAAGGUAAAACAAUUUGAAUGGGUACUUGAUAGAUGGAAGAGAAAUGUAUUGAUAAUUAGAGCUGCCAAUUAUUUUCAGCAGCUUGGUGUUCCCAGAUGUGUGGGAUUUCAUCACCUCCCAGAUAGCAAGGAUGGGCGAUUUGUGGAAUUGUUAGAGUUGAAGAAGGAUAAUCAAUAUGAAACAUUAUCAGUUGAAAAAUGUUGUUUUUAGCUAUUACUAUUAAUAGCCUUUCUGCAGUCCUGCUAGAAAAUAACUUUCCACUAGCGGUGUAGAAAACAUUUGAAGCUGCAAAAGUCCCAACUCUGAAACAGCUCACACUUCAAAAUCCAGAUUCUGACAUCAAAGGGAGUCAUGUGGGAUCAGAGUAACCUGUUCCAACCUAAUCAAAGUAAUCUAAAUUGAAGUGAGCCAUUCUCACUGAAGCAGAGUCAACCCUGUUUUGCU